CAUAACGGAGAGAUGACGUCAGAUGUCAACAGGACGCAAACUUCUCCGUGGCAGCCAAUCAGCGUUGAGUCCUCAGACAGACUCUUGUAAAGAUGGCGACGGUGAGGCAUAGAGGAGUCAAAACUGGACGCUUUGCCAUUAUUAAACACCACUGGUCCGGCCACAGGAAGAAUUGAUACGGCGCCGGGAGUUAAAAGUUAAUCGAGCAAUUCGUGCGUGGCGACGCGCUGUUCGGUGCUGUGUGUUGACGCUGCGUAUGUGGCUGCUUUUGUUUUCGGUUACACUGCCGUUGCCUCGGACUGCUCUUUAGCUUCAAGUUGGCCAGCCGAAGCUAGCCCGGGGCUAGCCGCGUAGCUCCGUCGGCUGCCCGGACCUUUCUGCAUGGCAUCCGUGGAUUGAUAGCCUGACCAGUGCUAAGGCUGGACUGUAGAUACCUGUAGUUUUAUUUCCCACAAAAACAGCCGCUCAUGAGUCCUCUUGGGUAAAAAAAAAAUUCUACUUAAAGGAGGAUUACGGGGCACCGACGACUUGGCAUUGCGGCACUGUUUGGAGAGUCGAGACUGAGUUUGCCGUCAUGUAUUUUCUCACCGGCUGGCCCCGGGGGCUGCUUUGUCCACUGAGGAGUGAAGAGGAGCCGUUCUACGUCCAGCCCAGCUCCCAGAGGAUGUACUUCGCCCUCCUGUCAGAGACGCAGCUCAGCGUCUGGUUCAGCCGGCCCAGCGUUUUGAUUGUCAGCUAUAUUGAAUCUGCAAAGGCGGCAGCUCAGUUUGGCUUCUACCAGAAGGCAGAAUGGAAACCAGAUGACUCCAUGAUAGCUGUGGCGACUGCCAAAGGCUACAUCCUCCUGUUUGACGUAUUGGGUGUAGGGGACGACAAGAACCUCUACGAGCCCGUCUACCCAAAAGGAAGUCCUCGUGUGAAGGUGACCCCGGGUUACAAGGAGGAGCAGUGUGCGCCCGCUCUGUCUUUAGAAAUGAUGAAGCCCGUGGACCUGGAGGCCCCCAUCACCAGCCUGCAGUCUGUCCAGGAGGAUUUAUUGGUGUGUACCGCUAACGGCUACCUCCACGUGCUGCACUGGGACGGGCUGGGCAGCAAUGGACGCAGGGCCAUCUGCCUUACUACAAUCCCCUUCUCACUAGACCUGCAGUCUGCUCGAGGUGGUCCCUCUCUGGACCUGGAGGGAGUUCACAUCCGCUGCAUGGAGUACUGCGUGAGCCUGGACGGCUUUGCCGUGGUACUGAGUGACGGACGCCUGGGCUUCAUCACGCCGCUGAGCGACACCAUCAGCGCAGAUCAGCUGCAGGGCGUCUGGGCAGCAGAUGUGACCGACGGCACCUGCGUCGCCAUCAACAACAAGUACAGGCUGAUGGCGUUCGGCUGCGCCAGCGGCUCAGUGCUGGUGUACAUGAUAGACACCACAACAGGAUCCAUGCAGCUCUCCCACAAACUGGAGCUCACCCCAAAACACUAUCCAGACAUCUACAACAAGACAGGCCCCGUCAAACUAAUCUGCUGGUCACCUGACUUCAGCGUCGUCAUGGUUACGUGGGAGUGUGGCGGCCUGUCGCUCUGGAGCGUCUUUGGAGCUCACCUCAUCUGCACUCUGGGAGAGGACUUUGCGUAUCGUUCUGAUGGUACCAAAAAGGAACCCCUUAAAAUCAGCUCUAUGAGCUGGGGAGCUGAGGGCUAUCACUUGUGGGUGCUCCCUACCAAAGGGGAGAGGAGGCGACAAGAGGAGCAGGAGGACGUGGAGAUGGUCGCACCUCCCAACUCCUCCCCGCAGGCCGGCAUACUGCAGUUCCACUUCAUUAAAAGCGCCCUCACAGUCAACCCCUGCACGAGCAACCAGGAGCAGGUGCUGCUUCACGGCGAAGACCGACUCUACCUGACCUGUGGCGACCCCACGCAGAUGCACGGCGCCUCUGACACGCACCCGCACAUACGCCCGCACGACGGCAGCCCGCUGCACCAACCCCCCAACCCCGACUCCUCUCUCUCUCAGGGACUCAGCACUUUACUGGGACACAAGCACUGGCACGUGGUCCAGAUUCACAGCACAUACCUAGAGAGCAACUGGCCUAUCCGGUUCGCAGCCAUAGACACAGCAGGACAAUGUAUGGCUGUAGCAGGGAGACGGGGGUUUGCACACUACUCGUUAUUCACAAGGAAAUGGAAGCUGUUUGGGAAUAUCACUCAGGAGCAGAACAUGACGGUGACGGGAGGUCUGGCGUGGUGGAACGACUUUGUGGUGGUGGCCUGUUACAAUUUCAUAGACCAGCAAGAGCAGUUGAGACUCUAUCACCGCUCAACCAACCUGGACAAUGCCUUCGCCUCGGUCACUAAGCUGCACUCAGACACUCUGCUGCUCAACGUCUUCAGAGACAUGGUCAUCCUGUUCAGAGCAGACUGCUCCAUCUGCCUCUAUAGUAUAGAGAGAAGGAAUGACAUUCCAAACCCAACAGCCAGUGUGGAGUUGCUGCAGGAGGUGUCGAUGUCCCGCUACAUCCCUCACCCAGGCCUCGUGGUGUCUGUCACGCUAACGUCGGUGCGCACGGAGACUGGCAUCACAUUGAAAGCCCCGCAGCAGGCCUGCAUGGCAGAGAGCAUCAUGUUGAAUCUGGCUGGCCAGUUGAUCAUGCUACAGAGGGACCGUUCGGGACCGCAGGUACGAGAGAAAGAGACGCCUGCCGUCAACAAGAAGCUGCUACCAUUUUGUCCUCCUGUGGUGCUGGCCCAGUGCGUGGAGAACGUGUGGACGACCUGUCGCACCAACAAGAAGAAGCGCCAUCUGCUGGAGGCGCUGUGGUUGUCCUGUGGCGAGGCGGGCAUGAAAGUUUGGUUGCCCCUGUUCCCCCGGGACCACCGCAAGCCCCACUCCUUCCUCUCCAGGCGCAUAAUGCUGCCUUUCCACAUCAACAUCUAUCCGCUGGCUGUGCUGUUUGAAGACGCCCUGGUACUGGGGGCCACCAACGAGACCGUGCUCUACGACGGGCUACAGGGGUCCUCGGAGCCGCUGGAGGCUCUGUUCCCCUACUGCACCGUGGAGAGGACCUCCCAGAUCUACCUCCACCACAUCCUGAGGCAGCUGCUGGUUCGCAACUUGGGUGAACAGGCUUUGAUGCUGGCUCAGUCUUGUGCCUCGCUCCCCUACUUCCCUCAUGUCAUGGAGCUCAUGGUCCACGUGGUACUGGAAGAGGAGGCGACAUCGCGGGAGCCCAUACCCGACCCUCUGCUGCCCACCGUGGCCAAGUUCAUCACCGAGUUCCCCCUCUUCCUCCAGACCAUCGUCCACUGUGCCAGGAAGACCGAGUACGCCCUGUGGAACUACCUGUUUGCAGCCGUGGGAAACCCCAAAGAUCUCUUUGAAGAGUGUCUCAUGGCUCAGGAUCUGGACACGGCAGCCUCUUACCUGAUUAUACUGCAGAACAUGGAGGUUCCAGCAGUCAGCAGGCAGCAUGCCACUCUACUCUUCAACACAGCACUCGAGCAGGGCAAGUGGGACCUCUGCCGGCACAUGAUCCGAUUCCUCAAAGCCAUUGGCUCGGGGGAGACGGAAACUCCGCCCCCGACACCCACCACUCAGGAACCCAGCUCAACUGGGGGUUUCGAGUUCUUUAGAAAUCGCAGCAUCAGCUUGUCUCAGUCAGCUGACUCCGUCGCUACAGGAAAGUUCAACCUCCAGAAGACCUUCAGCAUGCCCACGGGAGCUUCUGCUAAAGGCCGGGAUGUGGAGUGUGCGGAGAACAUGUACAUCGACAUGAUGCUGUGGCGCCACGCCCGCCACCUCCUGGAGCAGGUGCGCCUCCGAGACCUGGGGUGCUUCUCCGCUCAGCUGGGCUUCGAGCUCAUUGGCUGGCUGUGCCGUGAGCGGAACCGCGUGGCCCGGGUUGAGGAUUUCGUUUCCGCGCUGAAGAAACUCCAUAAGGAUUUCCUCUGGCCGUUCCCCGUCAUUCCCGUGGGGAGUCUCAGCUCGCCCCUGAAGAACGGGCGCUGUCGCACGGUGCUGAGCACGCGGCUGUUGAAGUCGCAGUCAGCCGACAGCCUCCUGAACAGCGACAUGGACACGGCGCCGCCGCGGACGUCUCCCAGCAACCACACCUGGAUGGACGGGCUCAGCCAGAGACCCAAAGACAUGGACGCGGCCUCGUCGGCUCACUCCAACCAACACUCGCCGCAGACGCACGACGCCUUCCUGUCGCUGCUCACCAACAAAGUCGAGGAGUACAGCAUCGGCUCGGCCACGGACCUGACGGAGACCAGCUCGGUGGUGGACGGCGACUGGACGAUGGUGGACGAGAACUCCUCCACCCUGAGCCUGAGCCAGGCCGAGCUGGAGCACAUCUCCAUGGAGCUGGCCAACAAAGGGCCGCACAAGUCGCAGGUGCAGCUCAGGUACCUCCUGCACGUGUUCAUGGAGGCGGGAUGCCUGGAGUGGUGCGUGGUGAUCGGGUUGAUCCUGCGGGACGCGAACGUCAUCAAGCAGGUGAUCAGCUUCCUGGACAGCCCGGAGGUUCCUCCAGAAACGGUGCAAAGCGUCCGAAGCGGCUUGUUGGCCGUCGACGCGUGGGCUUCCGCCGACUGCCAGGGGUACAAACCAUUUCUCAACCUGAUCCAGCCGCAGCUGCAGCAGCUGAUGGAGUCGGCGUCGGAGCAGGUGCAGCCCGAAGCCUUCCAGCCCGCCAUCCAGAGCUCCAAGCUCGCCGCCUCCGAGGGGCUGGGGGGGUCGGCGGUACCACGGGUAGAGGACAGCAGGGGAGCGGCGGCUCCGCUGGGCCUGGCCCUGCCCUCCCUGGAGCCGCCGGGAGGCUUCUCCCGUCCCGCCUCCGAGGACUGUCCUCCGGAGCAGACGGAGGAGCAGGGAGAGGAGGAGGGAGCCUACGACUGCACCUUGUCCUGAGCCUCUCCCGGACUCUCGAGCAGAAAAGAGAGCUGUGGCUGAUUGGAAAUAGACUUUAUUUUUGUGUGUGUGUGCGUGCGUGUGCGCGUGUGUGAACAGGAAGUACCUCUCGUGCCGGUUCUUACCCCAGUCAGUAUUAUCCACUCUUCAGAUUCACCCUUCACGCGUGGAGGAUAAUGAGCUACCGACUGGAACAAAGACACGGCAGCAGACAGGGUUCAGGACUCAUUUCACUAAAAAUGUCCUGUGUCAGUUAUUUUCCACUUGUUGCGCUUUCUUUUCUUUUCUCUCUUUUUUUUUUAAAAUCAAACUCGAUCCAGACUAAAAGCUCCGUCGUUUCGCCCGAGCGACGGAAUCGGUUCAGAGGCUCCAUCUUUUUCGUCGCGCCGCGUCGCUGAAGUCGAACAAAGCUCCGGUUUCGUGAAACCGCGGACGGGAUGAGCUGAAGUGCGUCUGAGCCCGCGGCGAGCAGGAGGUGUUUCAUACUUUCAUACCUCAUAUUGGUUUUAAGAUAUUUUGUGAUACCUUUUUGGAUGACGUGUACAGGAUAGCGGUAUUUUUCUAUCGGUCAUGCCUUGCGCCCCCUCCCAUUCCCCCCCCCCCCUCCCCCUGGAGGAAGAAAUGAGAAAAAAAGAAAAAGUUCUCGGUAUGAAUUCUGUGUAAUUCUUGAGAAAGCGACGACCUUAAGGUUUCUAAGAAAACGCUCUCAGAGGAAAAUCCACUGUUGUGAGUGCAGACUAGUUUCUUACCACUGAUCAGUACCUCCAUUUGUGUAUUUUUUUUUUCUUUCUCUUCAUAUGCCUAGACCUUACGGAGGCGUGCUCUUAUAUGCGUCGUCAGCUCUUACAUGCGUGGGCCGAGCUGAUCAGGGUUGAGCAGAUUUUAAGUUUGUGGCAUGUUUGGACUUAAAAAAAACAAAAAAAAAACAUGCUGCAAAAACCAAAUCAUGUGACGCUUUAUUCAGCUUUUUUAAAUUUGUGCGUCCCUAUCCGAGAGCUUGUGUGCAGAGCAGGUCAUUACUGCGUUAUUAAAGCCAUUCUCUAUAUUCGUCUCUUAUAACGGGAGCUUCGUUUAGAUUCCCUCGUGAGCAGUGUUAAGACCGACACGUCAGUAUCGCGUUUUAUUUUUUAAGUCGGUGGGGAGGAUUUAGUUUCCUCUUCGAGACGACGAUCUGUGUGGAUUGAACCGAGUGCGUUGUGUUCAUGACGUGUUGACCUGAUUGAUUUAAUCGUGUUAGUCCUCUUUAUUAUUUAUUAGCAUUAUAGCUGAGUGAUAAAGGCUGAAUUGAUAAAUGGACACUGAUAAGACCCCUUCUCCCCAUUAACUAUCAAAGUAUAAAAGAUUCAUCCCAGACUUGUCAGUAUUAUAUUGUGCAAUGUAUUGAAAGAAAUGUUACUCAGCUUUAUUUAGUUUACUCGUAAUUACUUUGACCCCCCCCACACACACACACAUACAUCUUCUCCAGCUGUUUGCUUUCCACCACAGACCAAAUCCUUUUGGCUCAGAGUCGGCCGUUGUUUUUCCGUUGAUGUUGAAAUAGUUUGUUCCAUGUGUUGUUUGAACACUCUGACGAGGCGCCGCUCUGCGCUCGGCUGCUCCGCCUCGCGAGCUUUACUUGAAAACGGUAACUUUGAUGAACCAAAGACUUUACGUCCAGAGGCCUUCUGUUUCAACCCCGUUGCUUCGAUCCAAUGUGACAUUAAGCAGAGGGAAACGAAUCCUCACACACAACCCCCGUCCCCCCACCUUCUCUGAUCAGAAACAACUAUUGCUCAGAACUAAUGCUGACGGCAUACGAGACAAUUUCCUACGGAAAUGAAUAUUUCAGAUAUUACGGUUCCCUCGUGCGGGUGAGGAGCGGUCGUCGAGUGUCUCGUGGUACUUGGACAGCGCCCCCCCCAACUCCUCCCCUCCCCUGCUCUGUACAGUUUAUUGCCUAUUUACUCAGAACGAAGUUGGAAUUCUGGGGAAGCAGGCGUCAUCAAUGCAGUGUAAAGAUACUCUCUUGUACAUUUGCCUUUUCUACUCAUAUUUGGUUUUCUACUUCAUUUUUUUCCCCCCCUUGUACAUAAAGAUCAAUAAAUUAUUUUUAAAACGG